UUUGCAGAGGGAGGACACCUCCAGAUGUCCAAAGCCAAGGUCGCACCUCCUCCUCCUGGAUGCCUUCUUGAUAUCAAUGAUCCGAAGGUUCAAGAGGCAGCGAUUCGCAUCCAGGCAUCGUACAGAGGACACCGGUCACGGAAGGAGCUGAGGGAGAAGGGUCCCCCCAAGGUUCUGCAGGAGCUGAAGGAUGUGGUGCUGCUGGAGGGCAGUGCUGCAAAGCUGGAGUGUCGGGUCAGCGCCUUCCCUGACCCCUUCAUCGUCUGGUCCAAGGACGGCAAGCAGCUGAAGGACGGGCCAAAGUACCGAUACGUUUUUGAGGACCCAGACGUGGUGGCCCUGGUGGUGCGGGACGGGGUGCUCGCAGAUCUGGGGAAAUACACCGUUACCAUCAAAAACACUUUUGGGGAGACCUCAGACUCAGCCUGCAUCAAAGUGGAGGUUCCUGCCAAAAUUACAAAAGGGCCAGAAACUGUGAAGGCGAAGAAAGGAUCGACUGUGACUCUGCGGGCUGAUAUCAGCGGGGAGCCACCUCCUGAUGUGGGCUGGAUGAAGGAUGGGCAGGAUAUCGAGGAGGAUGACAGAGUAUUUUACGACAUAGGGGACACGAACACAACCCUGACAAUCAAAAAGGCACAGCCAUCGGAUGCGGGGAAAUACGAGAUCUUUGUAGAGAACAAUCUCGGAGUAGACCAGUCGUUUGCCCGUGUGGACGUCCAAUAAGGUGUAAAGAAUACACACUCUUCUCUGUCACUGUUCAAAUACGGCCCUGCUCUUCCCCUACACCCACCCACUUUUUUUCUUGUGUUUCUGUAGCCUUGCCUGAAUACGUCCGCUAGCUUCUGUCAUGAUCUUCCAGGCUAUUGGCAAAAGGUCUCUUAGGCUUCUCUGGCCUAAACAACAUUGAAGCUGCUCAGAUUUUUUAAAGGAGGAUUCACUACAAAUCAAUCAAAUUAGGGUGUAUGUACCAUACUCAAAUUAUUAUUAUAUAAAUAUGCGUUUGCAAAUAUAGUUCAGUUACCUGGAAUCCUGUGCAACUUUUCUAUUUUGGAAACUAAAUAAACACUCAUGUAUUAGCUGCAGCUUUACCUGACUGAAUAAACGUUUUAAUCAAG